UUGUCUUUGCAAAAUCUUGUCCACCUCGACUUUUUCCCUUGAUCCCGACGGGAUGAUAACCAUUGUGAGCCCGAUCUAGCAGGACGUCUUUGGACAGAAAAGCAUGAGAGAUGUCAAGGUCCGCAACGCCUGCGCUACCUUUGCAUAAUGCUCAGGCCCCAGAUUUGAGGCCGCCAUCGUCUACGCCGACGGGUGUACGCUCCAACACAUCUACUUCAACAUCCACGUCGACUUACUCUUUGUUAGACCCACAGGAAACCGCUGAGCGCUUACAGACAUCCCUUACCCACGGGCUCACUCCUGCAGAAGCUGAGAUUCGCUUAAUACAAGAUGGGCCCAACGAACUGCCGCACGAAGACCCCGAGCCUCUGUGGCUCCGGUUUCUUAAACAAUUUAGGGAGACAUUGAUUCUACUGCUUCUGGCGUCAGCGGCAGUCUCUUUCUUCAUGGGCAAUUUUGAUGAUGCGGUAAGCAUCACGCUCGCGGUUACCAUCGUAGUCACCGUUGGAUUUGUUCAGGAGUAUCGAUCGGAAAAGUCCUUGGAGGCCUUGAGCCGCCUAGUGCCACAUCAUGCGCAUUUGAUACGCGAUGUCCCUCUCUCAAAUACCCCUCCUAUCGGAAACUCGAUCCCUGUAGCUACCAGUGGAGAGUUCGAGCUGCAAGAUCUCAGAAGCAAAAUCCCAGGCUCAGUUUCUGCCGCUGUCAAGGCUUCCACUACUGUUCCGGCGAAUGAGCUAGUCCCUGGUGACCUAGUUUUGUUUACAGUUGGAGACCGUAUUCCGGCGGACAUACGCAUUACUGCAGCCACUGAUUUGACCAUCGAUGAAUCAAACCUGACUGGUGAGAAUGAGCCUGUUGCUAAAUCGCCUGACGCGAUUCGCGGCCCGAAGGCUCUGGCCACCAAGAUUGUCACCCCGCCCCGAUCUCCAUUCUACGAUGCCCCAGCCAGUGGCGCUGUGGGCGCUGAUAUCCGCUUAAAUGAGCAGCACAACAUCGCAUUUAUGGGAACUUUGGUUCGGUCGGGGUAUGGACAGGGUAUUGUCAUAGGAACGGGUGCGAAGACUGAAUUUGGCAGUAUUUCAGCUUCUUUGCAGGAAAUUGAGAGUCCACGCACCCCGCUUCAAUUGUCGAUGGACCGUCUUGGACAAGAAUUGAGCUAUGUCUCCUUUGGCGUCAUCGGAUUGAUUGUAGUGAUAGGAUUGAUACAAGGCCGGAAGCUCCUUGAUAUGUUCACCAUUGGUGUCUCGCUUGCAGUCGCUGCGAUUCCAGAAGGUCUUCCCAUUAUUGUGACGGUUACUCUUGCUUUAGGCGUGCUGCGCAUGGCCAAGAGGGGGGCCAUCAUGCGAAGACUCCCCAGCGUUGAGACUCUCGGCUCUGUAAAUGUUGUAUGCAGUGAUAAGACGGGGACCUUAACGCUCAAUCAUAUGACAGUCACAAAGAUGUGGCAUUUUGACUGUCCGGAACCAUUUGAGGUACACAACGAUAUUAGUUCACUGACGCCUGGGCCUGCAGCUCGGACCGUUCUUCGUGUCGGUAAUAUCGCUAAUAACGCUAGACUUUCGCGCGUGCAUGCAAAUUCACCUGCCAGCGCAUCUUCUGCUGCAGUGUUGUCUUCCACCGAUGAUAGGGCUCCGGGAACCAUUAGGAGUAGGUGGGUUGGCCAGCCCACCGAUGUUGCUAUCCUGGAUUUGUUGGACACUUUCGGGGAGGACGAUGUGCGCGACCGGAUCAGCGCUCGCAUCACCGAGACUCCCUUCAGCUCCGAGCGCAAAUGGAUGGGUGUGAUUAUCGGCAAUGGCACUGGCGAGUCAAGCAACAUGGCCUACAUUAAAGGUGCUCUCGAGCAGGUUCUAAAGCGUUGUGAUACGUAUCUUACAAAGGAUGGACGGGAAGUUAUACUAGAUGAGCCGCGACGUCAAACAGUGAGGCAGGCUGCUGAGCAUAUGGCAUCAGAAGGCCUAAGGGUGCUCGCUUUCGCCAGUGGAGCAGUGCGGGAUAUAUCAAAAGGGCGGCCUUUUGGCAGCAGGACAGGUACUCCUGUUUCUAGAACUACCCCGGGUGAAGAGGAUGAUCGAUAUACCGGGUUGGUCUUUGCAGGCCUUGUGGGGAUGAACGACCCUCCCCGUAAGGAUGUUCACAAAUCCAUCAGGCGUCUUAUGGCUGGAGGAGUACGCAUCAUCAUGAUCACCGGAGAUGCUGAGACCACAGCAGUUGCAAUUGCAAAGAAAUUGGGAAUGCCAAUCAGUGAUAUAGCCGGUUCGCGACCAGUCCUUACUGGUGAGGAAAUCGACCGUAUGAGCACCACGGAGUUGGCGCAGGCCAUUUCCUCCACCUCCAUUUUCGCCCGCACGAGCCCUGACCACAAGAUGAAAAUUGUACGCGCUUUGCAGUCCCGAGGAGAUGUGGUGGCUAUGACGGGUGAUGGUGUAAAUGAUGCACCAGCCCUCAAGAAAGCAGAUAUUGGUAUCUCGAUGGGUAAAUUGGGCACGGACGUUGCCAAGGAGGCAGCAGACAUGAUCCUGACAGACGACGACUUCUCCACAAUCUUGCGAGCCAUUGAACAGGGCAAGGGGAUCUUUUAUAAUAUCCAGAACUUCAUUACAUUUCAGCUAAGCACCAGCGUUGCUGCAUUGAGUCUUGUAUUGUUAAGCACUACUCUUGGCUUCAAGAACCCGCUGAAUCCGAUGCAGAUCCUAUGGAUCAAUAUUCUUAUGGAUGGCCCUCCAGCGCAGUCCUUGGGUGUAGAGCCCGUUGAUCCGUCAAUCAUGGGACGACCCCCACGACCCAGAACGGCCCGGGUACUCACGAAACCUCUCAUUCAACGGGUGCUAACUUCGGCAUUGAUGAUUAUGCUGGGCACGCUUGCCAUUUACGUCUACGAAAUGGGCGAUGUCGACGAUGAGCUGAACCCGGGCAAACGCUCCCGCGUCGUAACCGCCCAUGACACAACCAUGACUUUCACCUGCUUUGUGCUGUUUGACAUGUUCAACGCCUUGACCUGCCGCAGCGAGGGCAAGUCAGUGCUUCGCGGUGAGAUCUCCCUGUUCGGGAACAAGAUGUUCAAUUACGCCGUACUCGGAUCACUUGCCGGGCAGGCAUGCGUGAUCUAUCUGCCUUUCCUGCAGCGAGUCUUCCAGACGGAGCCACUCAAUCUGGCGCAUUUAUUCAAGCUAUUGUGUAUUUCGAGUUCAGUGUUUUGGGUAGACGAGGCCCGGAAAUAUUAUCAAUCGGUGAAACGGCGGCGGGCCGUUGGGGUGGGAUACAGCGUAAAUGUCUGAGGGCCGGGUUGAUAUAUGCUUUUGCACUAGUUGUAUAAAGGAGACAUAGAGAAUUAUUAUUUCCGGGAGACAUCUGAAUAUUGUUAAUAUUGUAACAGCUGCCAGUUGAUGUAGCUGGUUCUUGGAACCGAGU